UACUAAUUCAAACUAGUAGUAGUUUUUUCCUUGGUUAGAGCGGUGCUAACUAUUGUAUAAUUAGCACCGUAGCCGUUCCCGAAGGUAUCAUGAUGGUCGUUGGUUUCAUGAAUACCCCACCCAACACCAUUGGUAACCGCCGCUUCCAUCUGGUGGGCUCGAGCUCGAACAGAACAAUCAAAACUAUUUUUCUUCCCUUGGGGGAGGUGAAAAUGGAAAGGAAUAAUGGAUAAAUUCAAUUUGGUUAUAAUCAUUUUGCAUCAUGGAUUACGUAAGCAAAGCAUAAAAUCUUCCUUAUCCUGAUAACCAACACAGUCAAAUUCCUUUCGUUCUAACAGUUUCCCCGACUUUGGACACAAUGCAACAAUAAUUAUGAUCAUGAUUUGUCAAUAUGUGAAUAAUAAUUAUUAUUGCGUGGAUGUGUGGCUGAUUAAACCCCUGAAAUCGACUUUGCAAAAAUUAAAAUAUGUUUCUUGUUCAACGAAUAUAUAAUAAAUUUAAUAAGUGUGUCUCUAGGAUUUUUCGAUACUUAUGGGAGUUUUUGGCCCAUAUAUAGGAAACCACUAAAUUGGAAGGUUUCAAACAUAGGAAUUAAUAAGAAGCCGUAUAUGUAUGUUUCAAUAAGUUUCAUAUGUAAAUAGUAUAAUUUACAGCGGUUCUUGAUAUGGUAUUAGAUCUUUCUAUGACUGAAAGGUUUCCUGUUUGAUUCUUGAUGACCACCAUCUAUUUUUGUUAACCACAUUGUGUCCGAACCUGUGUCUGUGCAAAUUCCAAGCCUGUAUGAGUGGCUUGAGUUUGAGAGGGUGUGUUAGUAAGUGAUAUAUGAUCCACAAUUGAACCUCUCCCAACAACUCGAGCUAUUGGGACUAGUUGGUCUAUAGCAUGGUAUCAGAGUUGGUUUGUCCUUGAGAUCACGUGUUCAACUCCUCACAACACCCAAAAUUAACAAUUUAUCAAAGCACAAGGUAUGGCGAUCGUCUAUGCAAACUUCAAGCUCAUGGGUUGCUUUUAGCACAUGGGUUGGCCUCAAGGACAAACCAGCUCUGAUACCAUGUCAAUAACCAAUUGAUUCCAAUAACUCGAGUUGUUGGGAGAAGGUUAUUAUGAAUCUUAUGUCACUCUCUUACAGUGGUCACACAUAUUAUAUGUAUUUUAAUAAUUUCGACGAAUAAGAAUCAUUGAUUUUUAUUUUAAAAUUAAAUUAAUCUUAUGAUUUGGGUUAAAGAAUUGAGAACUGAGGUUCACCCAUCAGAGGUUAGCUAGGUAUAGUAUUAUACCCCAAACUCCGAUUAAUUCAUUACAUAAAUUAGAACAUUUAACGGACAUACGGUAAGGUAAUCGUACGUAUUGAAAUGCGAGAUCUAAAAACAUAUUUAUCCGUGGCACCAGUAAUAAGUACUUUAUGGUUUGCGUCUUUAGCAGGCCUAUUGAUAGAAAUUAAUUGUUUUUUCUGGAUGCGCUGGCAUUCCCCUUUUUUAAUUUUAGGUAUUAAUGCCUAGAGGUGAAGAAGAUUAGUUCGUCAGGUUGUAUCUUGCCUGUCCAUGAAUUCAACAACAGUUUAAAAGAUUGACCUAUUCGGAAAUCUCCGAAUCUACGCUUAUUUUCAACUCCCCGAAGUAUUUUAUCGCUACCUACGCCCUGGCCUGAACCAUUAUUAUAUACGUAUAACCCCAAAUUGCAUGCAUGGUUUAUAGGGAACUUUAAUCCAAAACUAGUGCAUGAAAACAAAUUCGAUUUUUUUAUUAUCUAAUUAAUGGUGGUUGGUGUCAUUACUUUUUAAUUGCUCUCUAAUAUAUAUACCCAAAAUUAGCAGAGUCCAAAUAUCUAUUUCAUUUUCACAUCUAACUUGCGGGGAAAUAGAUAAGAAAACCUCAAAAGGCUUAGGAAUUAUCCAUCUUUGUGUUUUGCAUAAGACGGCCUGAUAUGAGCCACACCAAGUCCAAGGUAUUUUUCUUAGUUUGUUCCAUCUUCACCCGAGGGAGGUCUCUCUUGGUCACUACAACUACAAGUGUAAACAUAUAUAUGGAGAUUCCAUGUGAAAUCCAAAUAAUUCUAAAUUCUAAAGAUUUGAGUUGUGAUACACCCUUGUAUCCAACAAUUGUGUUAGUGAACUCACGUAUUUCAGACUUAGCUAAUAUGAUUUUAUCAUGGUAUAUUACAUAUAGAAUAUUGUAUCGCAAAACCAUCUAUCAUUUUGACCUGUGUUAUCCCAAGGAGUUUGAAUGAAUCACACAGUUUGUUUAUAAAGUGAAAAAAGGUUUCGAUAUAGUGUGUCAGGACCUGCUGAUCAUGAUAUUAACGGGAGCUAAGGUUUAUUUCAAUGAAUAAUGCUCUGAUUGAUGAUUUAAACUAAAUCAAGAAUAGAGCAACAUAAAGUAUAAAACUCGUUCCACAUGAGAAAACCCUUCAUCGACGACCUUUUCGGGUGGCCUUAUCCACUUUAAUGUUUGGACACAUUAACGAAUCACUCAAACCCCCACGAAAUUCAUUCAGUUGCUUGCAAAUGCCUUUUCUCGAUCAUCAGAUCAUUACCCUAACCAAACGCCCCAGCCAAUGGCUUAUACGAGCGCGCACCCUUCCACUAAGAGGAGGCGGUUUCACCGUUUUUCAACCCUCCGAUCUCUCAAUUUCUCAUGUCUAGAUAGUGAAUUGAGCAGCAAAAUUACUGUCAUAUGAAAAUCGGAAGACACCAUCGAGCAAUUUUGAAAAAUAUCGAGCAGUAACUAUCGCAACCCAAUGAUUAGUUCAGUCGAUUUCGCAAGAGAGAGGUGGGAAUGACGAGAGUGCCCCUCACCUGGUCAAGUUGAGGAAAACCCCCUCCAUCCAACAAAUGGGAUUUUGUCAUGAAGCCGUCGUUUCAAGACAACCAUUAGUCCAACCAGGCGGCAUGCCCCUUGCCCCCCUUCCCUUCUCCCGCCCACUCAUCCUUACCUCAUCAUCAUCCGCAUCCAUACCAUUAUAACAAUUCAUACAUACAUACAUACGUACAUACAUACAUAACGCAUACUCUCUCCUUCUCCCGCAAGUAAGGUUGUCAAAUCGGCUUAUGCCAGUGUGCCGGUUUAGCAAGUGGAAUGGUUCGACCAAUGGCACAUACCGGUUUGUGCCGGUUCAUGCCGGUGAAUAUUACAAAUAAAAUUAUAAAUACUCAUUUUAAACAUGACAUUUAACGUCAAUACGACAAUACCUAAACAUUUAUACUUGAAUCCAACAAAUAACAUCAAUAUUUAACAUUUAUACUCAUAAAAUAAAUAAUAAACUAAUUUUUAACAAUUAAAGUCACUAAAAUAAGGUUAUUUUACUUAGAGAUUCGUAUAUCGAUCAUGUCGAUCAUACCGGUGAUGUCACGCUGGUUUUAUGACCGGUACAGGUUGAACCAGGUACAUCCGGUGGCACGCCGGCCGGCGUGACAACCCAGCCCACAACUAACCUCCAAGAAGUGAAAACCCACGCGCCCACGCCCACCGCCUUCCCCCUUAUAUAUUCCCACCUUCCCUCCUCCCCCUUCAGCUCCCUUCAAAUAAACAAACUUCCUCGAAAAUCCUCUGUUCUCUCAUCUCUCUCUAUUACUACCAAACAGAGUCCCAAACUCCCAAUACUCCACUUUACCUAUCCAAACAUCUACGAGAGAAACUCCGAUGGGCGCCGAGAAAGACGGAGGAGGGAAGGCCGAAGGUGAGAAGAAGCCCGCCGCUGCUCCUGCUGCCGCUGCCGGCGGGGGUGGUGAUAAGAAGGACGACGGCGGAGGGAAGGUCGUCUCCGUCUACAAGAUGGACAUGCAUUGCGAGGGGUGCGCCAAGAAAAUCAGGCGCGCCGUCAAGCACAUGGAAGGUGUGGAGGAUGUGAAAACGGACUGUUCGGCAAACAAACUGACGGUGACCGGGAAGGUGGAUCCCGGCCGGGUGAAGGCAAGGGUGGAGGAGAAAAUGAAGAAGCAGGUGGAUAUCGUCUCGCCCCAGCCUAAGAAGGAAGGCGGCGGAGCUCCUCCUGCCGGCGACAAGAUGGGCGGAGGCGGCGGAGCUCCUCCCGCCGGUGAUAAGAAGGGCGGAGGCGAGAAAGCCGAGAAGAAGGCGGAGGAGAAAAAACCGGAGGAGAAGAAGGCGGAGGAGAAGAAACCGGCUCCACCUAAAGAGAGUACGGUUGUUCUGAAGAUUAGAACCCACUGCGACGGCUGCAUCCACAAGAUCAAGAAGAUCAUCCUCAAAAUCAAAGGAGUAGACAGCGUGGCGGUUGACGGAGCUAAGGACUUGGUAACGGUGAAAGGCACGAUGGACGUUAAGGAGCUGGCUCCUUACCUCAGGGAGAAGCUCAACCGGACGGUGGAUGUUGUCCCACCGGCCGGCGAGAAGAAGGACGCCGCCGCAGCCGCCGGCGAGAAGAAGGAGAAAGGUAAAGAAGGAGGUGGUCAAGCGCCGAAGGGCGAAAAGAAGGAAGGAGACGGCGGGGGAAAGAAAGUAGACCCCCCGGCUGCCGCUGCCGCUCCGAAGGUGGAGGUGAACAAGAUGGAGUACUACGGCAGUUACGCCCCGACGGCGGCGCCGAGCUACUGGGCCGACGGGGGAUCGUACGGGCAGAGUAGCUACUACGUAGAGCCACACCAGCAGCAGCACCAGUACGCGAUGGAGCCGCAGUACGUCCAGCACGGAUACGCGCCGCCGAUGCUGAACCACGGCGGUGGUGGGUACGGCUACGGCGGGCACCAUCAAGAGUCGUACAUGAUGGCUCCGCCGCCGCCGGCGGGGUACCAGAUGAUGGGGCCACAGCACCCCGGCCACGCGCCUCAGUUCUUCAGCGACGAGAACCCCAACGCGUGCUCCUUGAUGUGAUUCGCCGGACGGUGAAGAAUUACACGCGGUUAAAAAAAUAAAUUAAAUUGUAAAAAAUAAUAAGAAAACAAAAAAAAAAGCUGUACGUAAUAGCGGAGGAAAGAACAGUACAUACGGAAGCUUCUAAAUGAAGAUGAGUAGAGUACUAAUUUUGGAAUCAUCGAUGGAUGGAUUAAUUAGGACAGAAAAUAGAGAUUAAUUAGAGGCUUUUUAUUAUUUUUUAGUAUAAUGAUGGUGACCGGCCGGCGAUCUGGCGACCGGCCAUCCUGUCGUGGCCGGUGAAGCCGGUUCCGCUGUUGUUGAUAUGUUGCCGUUUAGUUUUCUUUAUUGUUAUUAUUAUAAAGUGAUAUAAAUUAAUAUCCAUGUUGUUAUUUGUCGUGACGGAAUUCAAGAAUAAGUUUGUAAUGACUAAUGAAUCGAUUAAUGGAGAGCUAAUGAUAGCGAUUACCAUUAGAUUAUAAUUAACCAUCGUUUUUGUCGCGGUUUUUUGUUAAUUAAUUAGUGGGAUGGAUGAUGAUGUACAGGUUCAAGCAGUAAUCUGUGUUAGUCGGUAAACAAAUGGCGGGUGUUUAUAGGGAGGUUCCAAUGCGCAUGGUACAUAACAUCUACUAAUUAAUUAGGGGGUUAUGAGCUAAUGUUUACACUAAUUAAUUAGAAGGUCUGAUCAACACUUGGCCAAUAUCGUGCCAUUUGGUCCAAUAUUUGGAUAAUAAAAUGUUUAUUAGCAACAAGUUAUAUCUUUGAACGGCGAGAUGAUAUCUUAGAUGGAGAUUUCAUUCAUACAACACAAGCUAUAACGAUAAUUUGGUGGGUAAUAAUUUCCAAUACUAGGCAUUUGGCUUCCAAAUUUGAAUGUAACUUAUGAUGUAUUGGUUAUACAAUGUCUCGAAUCCGGCCCACAAAUUACUACACAUCUAUGAUAUUAGUGUAUGACUUUGUUUUUAUGAGUUAACUGCGUACAUAUCCAGAAAGAACGAUAUCUUUAAAAUCAGUUGGAAUUGCAAUCACGUACUUCUCAAAGCAUAAGUCCCCCCCCAAGUAUUUUCAUUCUUUCAUGUAAUUCCUAAUUAUGAAGUGACUUAUCUUAUGCUACAAAAAAUCAUCUACUGCUCAGAUGGUCUGGGCGAUUCGGUCACAAAAUGAAAGGAGUAUUUAUGGUGGUGGACAACUGGACAUGUAUAGGGGUGUGCAUCGAUCGAUUUGGUUCAGAGCCAUAUUGAAUUGACUUAGGGUCGGAUCAAAACAAAAAACGAGGACCAGAAUCGGAACAAAAUCAUGUUUGGUUCAUUUGGUUGAGAUUCGGUCCCUGUCCAAAUUCAAUUUUAGUCCAUUUUGUUCUUCAUACUAAAAUCAAAACCAAAAUCAAAAGUACGUUCAAUCAGAUUCGCUCCAAAAUAUCGGUUCGUCACGAUUCGAUCUAGUGUGAACCGGAUCAUCUCCCACCCUAGACAACAUGCAUGAUUACCCUUUUUGAACACUUUGAAUCCGAUUGGCAUUUUGUUCUUUUUCUCUCGAUCUAAAGCUUUCUUUUCAAAGUCUCGACUUUAAUUUCUUGGAGGUAGACAAUGAAUCAUUGAUUGUGCCAUUGGUGGCCAAAAGGUCCACGUUUUUUAGUGUCCAUAAGGCCUUGAUCGCGAACCCUUUUCACUUUGAGCCGGGGGCCAUUUGGUGUCGGUAGUGGUCAGGUCCUUAAAGAUCACAGCUAGCUACGGCUAGACAGUGUUCGGGUCCAUUAACGCCUUCCUGUCCACGUUACUUUCUUCCCAAGGGAAGUUAUCAGAAUGUGGAGAAACCAUGGUCCAUCAAACCGUACCGGAGAUCGUAUAAGGAAAGUCAGCGGUACGGUAUUUUAUGAUAAAACCGUGGUUUAACCGUAGUUCAACCGUUAUACCAGUAAAUGUCGCAUAUCAGUUUAGCCUCCGAUACUGGUAUUUCGUGAUUGGACCGCCAGUACGGUACGGUUUAAUGGACACUAGAAACAAAGACUACGGCUAAAAUGAUGUACGUAGGGAGGCCAAAGUUUCUUUAGAUUUGUGGUCGUCGGGUCGUGCGUAGCCAUUAAAGGUGUUGGUUGCGAAAGGCCAAAGGGGUUGAACGAAUUGAGAAAUGAUUAUGUGCAACGCGUGAGUAGAAUGCCUCUCAUCUUGACUCUUGUGAUUCAUUCCAAAAUUACACAGGAGUAUUAGGUUUUGUAUGGGGAAAAUCUAAGAGUAUGAUAUUUUUUGUUGAAAUUAUUGUUCAAUUGUCUUAAACCGUGCAGCGUAUGUUCUCUUAUACAUAUCAACAAAAAGGAUGGUCGAUUAUUUUUUUUUCCAGAAGACGACCAACUCAUACCGAUUUGUACACAAAACCAUGGUGGACCGUGCUGAAAUUAUCGAUCACAAUAACUCGAAUUGUUAAGAGAGGUUCAAUUAUGGAUCAUAUACAAUUUAUUAGCACAUUUCCUCAAUCGAAAACCGACUCAUAUGGGCUUGAAAUUUUGCAUAGGUUAGGACACCAUGUGAUUAACAAAACAUAUAUUAGUUAUCGAGAUUUGAACAGAAGACCUCUCGACCACAAAACAAAAACGAAACGUACUCAUUUUACAAAAGAAAAGAUUUUCUAUUUUGGGUAGAUUAGGUGUUGUGUCCUCUCCUCGAUCGAAAGCUUUGUUGUUGUGUGAUGUGUGUAUUUAUAUAUAUGCAGAACGACGACGUCACUUCCCCAUGAAGGAUACAAAACACUACACCAAUUGGUAGUCAUCUCCCACCACCAAGUGCUACCUCCAAAUUAAAAACACGAUAAUUUUAAAAAAAAUCCAUCAAGAAAAGGAGCUAAUGGACAAAAAAUACAUUAGUUAAUAGUAAAAAUCCAAACGCACAAUUAGAUGAUGGGUUUGUUUAGAUUGAUUAAUUAACGUAGUUUUUUAGGUUAUAUGGUGUAGGAGUCAUCUCCGGUUUUGGUCUUUAAUUAAUAGUGUCGUUAUUAAAAAAGACAGCGGUGAAUGAUUUAUAAAAGAGACAGCUAAAAAAAGGAGAUAGAUUAUGAAUGAUAAUCCAAACCAUGACAACGGCCUAAUUUCUGUAAUAUUAUUUUUAAUGAUUAUGCUUUUUUUUCCGUCACCAAGAGUCACUACAACAACCCCAGUUUUCGCAACCGAUGCUAGUAGUCACUAAAAGCACGGUUUUGGGUCACUAAAUUAUUUUGUUAACAGCCAAGUUAAGCAAAAGGCCUGUAUGAUGGUAAAAGAUAAUUUCAUCUUAUUUUACCAUUAUGUUUAUUUGGGUCAUUAGGUGAUUGGUCAGUAUAUAAUGACGAGUGAUUUUUACCUAGCUAAUUUUAGUAAACAUUUGUUCAAGUAAUCAUAAUUUGAUUCUGACUUUUGAUCUAACAUGACUACCAGAGUUGAACUAACAUGAUUCAGGUUCAUCACAUUUUUUUUCAUUAAAAUUUUCAUCAAAUUUUAAUAUAUUUUAUACAUGUAAUUUAAAAUUAGGUUACUCCUUCUUGAGCCCAUCGGUUAAUUACAUCAAGCUAGGUUGGAAAAAGAUGUAAUAUUUGGGUAUUCUCCAAGAACAAUUUAUUAUGCGUAAAAUCAUAUAUGAGUAAUUUUACUUUUGAGGAAGACGCAUAUAUCCAACUUUUUAGUUUGGAUCUAAAUUAGAUCAAUAAUAUCAUGAAUACACA